AUGAAGACCACCUUCGCUAUGCUCACUGCCUCCAUGGCCUCCGCCAUCCUGGCCCAUCCUUUCGAUGCCCGCAGCCAGCAGUGCAACAUCGCUCCUUCAGCUGCUACCAACGCCAAGAUCCAGCCCAUCUCGCAGCCUUCAGCUGCUACCGCUGAAGCCUGCCUCAAGGCCUGCUCCUCCAAUGCGUCUUGCAAGAGCUUCCUCUUCGGUCUCCCCGCCGAUGCCAAGACUCCUACUUGCAAGCUUUAUGGUGUCGCUGCUGCUCAGGUCCCCAACCAGGGCAGCGAGCUGUUUGUCUUCGACAAGGCUUGCUCUUCAAAGGCUGUUCCCAACACCAAGCCCAGUCACGCCGAGCCCCGCGGCCAAGUCAAGGGCAAGCUAGCAGCUCGUGAUCAGGUCUGCAACACUGCUCCUACCGGUGCUACCAACAGCAACAUCAAGCCUUUCGCCACACCCAGCGUCAAGACUGCCGACAAGUGCCAGGACGCCUGCGAUGCUCAGACUGGCUGCCAGAGCUUUGUCUUUGGCCUUCCCGCCGACGCAUCUGCGCCUGUCUGCAAGCUGUACAAGGUUGCUCCCGCUAGCGUUCCCAGCGGUGAUGACAACCUUUUUGUCUUUGCCAAGAGCUGCCCUGCGGCCAAGAUUCCUACCAGUGCUCCUACUCAUGAUGAGCCUCGGGGAAAGCUUCCUUCUGAGCAGAAGUCUAACGACAAGUCUGGCAAUCAGUCCAAGGCUAACACUGGUACCAAGACCAAGACUAACACUGGUACCAAGACUGAGAAGAAUGACUCUCAGAAGAACCAGGGUAACUCCGUCGAGAAGCCUAAGACCACCGCCAAGGCCAACAACAAUGCCAACAACGCCAACGGCGACCAGAAGCACAACUAA